AUGGACAAAGGUGGUAGUCUCAGGGAGGUGAAGCGGAGGCUGGAUCUGGAAACUGACCAUCAGUACCUGGCUGAGAGCAGUGGGCCAGUCCGGGGCAGAGGCCGCCACCCAGGCAAAGGUGUGAAAUCUCCUGGGGAGAAAUCACGUUAUGAGACCUCACUGAAUUUGACCACCAAACGCUUCCUGGAGCUGUUGAGCCACUCAGCUGAUGGUGUUGUUGACCUGAAUUGGGCAGCUGAGGUGCUAAAGGUGCAGAAACGGCGCAUCUACGACAUCACGAAUGUCCUUGAGGGUAUCCAGCUCAUUACCAAGAAGUCCAAGAACCAUAUCCAGUGGCUAGGCAACCACGCCACGGUGGGGAUCGGUGGGCGACUUGAAGGGCUGACUCAGGACCUCCAACAACUUCAAGAGAGUGAGCAGCAGCUGGACCACCUGAUGCACAUCUGUACCACGCAGCUGCGGCUGCUUUCUGAGGAUUCUGACAGCCAACGCCUGGCCUAUGUGACAUGCCAGGACCUUCGUAGCAUUGCAGACCCUGCAGAGCAGAUGGUCAUGGUGAUCAAAGCCCCUCCUGAGACCCAGCUUCAAGCUAUAGACUCUUCAGAGACUUUUCAGAUCUCCCUUAAGAGCAAACAAGGCCCCAUUGAUGUUUUCCUGUGCCCCGAGGAGAGUACAGGCGGGAUCAGCCCUGAGAACACCUCAUCCCAGGGAGCAGCUUCUGGGGAAGAAGACAGGGCAGCUGACCCUGCCACCACAGUGCCACCACCAUCUUCUCCCUCUUCAUCCCCCACCACGGAUCCUGGCCAGUCCCUGCUCAGUCUAGAGCAAGAACCGCUGUUAUCCCGGAUGGGUGGCCUGAGGGUCCCUGUGGACGAGGACCGUUUGUCCCCACUGGUAGCAGCCGACUCGCUCCUGGAGCAUGUUCGGGAGGAUUUCUCCACCAUCCUCCCUGAGGAGUUCAUCAGCCUCUCCCCACCCCAUGAGACACUCGACUACCACUUUGGCCUUGAGGAGGGUGAGGGCAUCAGAGACCUCUUCGACUGUGACUUUGGGGACCUCACUCCCCUGGAUUUCUGA